AAGACGUAAUCGCAUACGAGGAAGUAAUUUUGACGUUACAUGUGCUGGGUUCAACAAACAAAACGCAACCCACGCACGCCACUCAGUAACAUCGUUGUCUCUUCCCCCUAUAAAAACCAAACAAACGCAAUCUAUCUAUUAUCUAUCAUCAAAUCCGCAUCUAUUUGUUUUCCUUCUCCUUUGACUUUUCUCAUCUUCCCCAAUUAACUCAUUAAUCAUGUCUUCUCAGACUGUUACCCUCAAAGUUGGUAUGUCAUGUGAAGGAUGUGUUGGAGCUGUGAAGAGAGUUCUGGGAAAAUUGGAUGGCGUGGAAUCUUAUGACAUUGAUUUGAAGGAACAGAAAGUGGUAGUGAAAGGAAAUGUUGAGCCCGACACAGUUCUGAAGACAGUUUCCAAAACUGGGAAACCAACCGCCUUCUGGGAGGCUGAAGCUCCAUCUGAGACUAAAGCGCAGUAACUGUUGCCAAAACAUUUGCCUCAAUUUCUGUGAGAUAAGUAGUUCUCUGUAAAUCAAAUACUAUUUGAAAGAUUUGUAACAGCUAUGGAACAAGUCUUCUAAUGUAAUCUUGGUGUGCUACAAUAACACCGGCAGAAAUGUUGCUGCUUUUCAAAGCUAUGCUACUGUAUUAAUGUGCUUCUAUUGAAAAAAUUUACUUCCCUUAUUCGGUUGUCCUUGUUA